UGUUGCCAGCAACUGUUGCUCGCUUCACACAUGUCCAAGUUAGCAGCUCCACGGAACAGUUUGGAAUUUUUAUUUUGUGAAUAUAACUGGAUCACUCUUGUGGAUUUAACUUUCUAAGGGGGUUGAUGGAUCUAAUGCUUCGUGGAAAUGGAAGACAAAGAAGAGAACAAGGACAUAAAUGUGGCAAAAGAUGCCUUUGAUGGUAUUGGGAAAGAAGAUGUCGCUGAACGUCUUCUGGAGAAAGCUGAGCCAGACUCCCGUCGGCUGAUCAGUUCACUCUCUGCUGAGACUGGGGGCAUCACAGUGGGUCCAAGUAUCCAAGCAAACAGCGUUAACAAUGUCAAUUAUUACAUCACCGCCAGUACAGCAAGAGACAAGAGAAAGAAAAGUGAUCAUGACGACGAACCAGCACUGGAAGAGCCAGACUCAAACAAAAGAAAGAUAGUUUGUCAACAAAAUUACAAAAAAGAAGUCGAAAAAAAAUAUGGAAAAAUGAAGGACUACAAUUCCCUAACAGGGGAAUGGGUGGAUUUUAAUAAAAGAUACACAAAUAUGCUCAUCCUCAGAAGACAUCUGAAGUUAAAGGAAAGAGAAGAUGAGCUGAAAUCAAGAGGACAUCUGGAGUUGAGAAAGAAAUAUAAAAGCGAUGAAGCCAUGUGCAUUCAAGUGGAAGAUGUAUUUGCUUCAGAUGAAAAUGGAGAAAUACCAUCAACUGUUGUACUCCAAGGACCAGCAGGAAUUGGAAAAACAUUCACAGUUAACAAAAUUAUGUUUGAUUGGGCAUCAAAGAACAUCUUCCAGGGCAAGUUUGAUUAUGUUUUUCAUUUUGACUUUAGAGAGCUCAAUACAAAAGGUGACGUUAGCUUGAUCGAAUUGCUCUCCGACCAGUACAGUGAUUUAAAUCUUAAGGAAAUACUAGCUUGUCCAGAAAAACUCCUUUUCUUGAUGGAUGGUUUUGAUGAAUGGAAGUUUCCUUUGGAUCAAGGUGAUGUUGGCCUGAGUGGAGAUGAGCGUACAAAACAGCCAGUUGCAAUCACAGUCAGUCGGCUUCUUAAAAGGAAAAUUCUUUCCAAAUCUACCCUGUUAAUCACAACAAGGUCUUCCUCUUUAGAAACCCUUGACAAAAGCGUGACUCUGCAACGCUUUGCAGAUCUUCUUGGGUUUUCAGCGGAUGAAAUACAGGAAUAUGUGUUCAAUUAUUUUCAAGCCAAGGAGCAAGCUGCACAAGCCCUGAACUACAUUAAAGAAAAUGAAUCUGUGUUGACCCUGUGUUUUGUUCCAGUUGUCUGUUGGAUUAUUUGUGAACUAAUAAAACACAGCAUUGAUUGUGGCGAAGAACUUAACAGGAACUUGAAAACAGCCACCCAAGUUUUUGUUCACUUUGUAAUUACCCUAUGCAAACACCAUGGUAACAAUUCACCGUCGGAUAUCAUUCACAAGCUUGGCCCACUGGCUUUGGAAGGAGUCAGGAAACAGCAAUUUUUAUUUCAGGAAGAAGAACUGGAAAGGCUUAUUUCCAGUCCAGUUCAAGGUGUAUCUGCAUUUCUCAGUAAAAUACAGUUUAAGCAGGGCCUUAGCUGUGGAUCUGCAUACCAUUUUCUGCAUUUAAGUAUCCAAGAGCUAUUUGCUGCCAUGUUUUGUGUCUCAGGCAUGUCUGAAGAAGAAAUAAAUACCUUGCUCAAUGACUGCAUUCAUAAUAGUUGUCUUUUAAAUGUAGUUCAAUUCAUGUUUGGGCUUGCAAACAAGAACAUACAAGCGUUGAUCCCAGGCAAUAAUCUACUACCUAUUUCUGUAUUAAGAACACGGUUGGAAAAUUGGAUUAAAGAAGCCUCAAGUUAUGUCAACAUUAUUGAAUUGCUACAUUGUUUGUUUGAGAUUCAGGAUGAGGAGUUUGUUAAGAAGGCAAUGGCAGACAUGGAUGAAUUGUGGUUCUGGAAUGGCUGUGUUAAUAAAAAUGAUUGCACUGUAAUAAAAUAUUGCAUCGAGCAACGUGGUGAAGUGGAACGGCUUGAUCUUGCAUCUUCCCACUUGGAGGAAGAGGAAGUAAAAGUCCUUGUGGAGGUUCUUCCAAAAUGCAAAAUUAUUGAAAUGCAUUCCAGUCACCUCACCAAAGACACAGUAAUGAACUUCUGUCAGAUGCUUUCUACACACCCCUGCUGGGUAUCCUUGGGUCUGGAUAUAACGCUGAGAAAAGAAGGGCUGACAUUGUUCUGUUUCACAUUUGAUCAUGUGAUUGGCCAGGAAGGGUUAUCAUUUGAGGGUGAUCUCACUGAAGAUUUCAUUUUGAACAUCUGUACUUUGAUUAUUCCAAAAUAUGACUGUAAAAGUAUAUCCGUCCUCAAUCCUCAUCUUACCAGCAACUUCAUAGAAAAACUGUGUGGUGUUUUCAAAAUGUCAACCAUUGAUCUCCAGUCUCUUGAGCUGACUGACACACACCUCACAGACAGCUGUGUUGAGUCUCUCUCCUCUGGUCUUAAUGCUUUCAUCAGCUCAUUGGAAUGUCUAGACCUGAGCAAUAACUCCUUCACAGACAGCUGUGUCCCCAGCUUCAUCCACAUAAUGUUGAUGUGUACCAGCCUGAGGGUUUUCAAUCUUCUAGGGAAUCAGUUCAGUCCAGAUGGGAAGAAAAAACUGAAUGUGAAGGAGGAGCUCCAGAGAGGUGGCCGUCGCCUGAUCGUGUUUGACUGUAGUCGUAUUGCUUCAGACUGGAGCAGGAAUCUGGAAGAACAGCAGGAAUACAAACGUCACCUGUCUCUGUGGAUAUGAAGAAAAAAAAUACAUCUUAUAAUGUCCCUAGACUCUACAUAUAAUACGUAGUUGAAGGCUUAGAACUUUAAAAAUAUUAUUUAAGGAUAAAUGACUUCAUUUGGAAAUGUGUCCAUGUGUUGCUUCAUAGACAGAUGUCAAAAGUUCAACUUGCCUUCAACACAUGAGCUGGAAUGUUUUCCUGCCUGGCUUAACCACUUCAGUUCCAGGACCUACGCAUGUAUGUCAAAAGACAGAACAUUUCCAGUGCCAUGCAGUAGAGUAUGUCAAGGUUUGCCGUCUAGUCUAUGGGGUUUCGUUCAGCCUGGUCUGUCAGUGUGCAUGCUGUAUAGGCUGUGUGGAUGCUGUGGAAUGGGUGUUUUGCAGUCGGUGGGUGGGGGGUGGAAUGCCUGACCUUUUUAUCCAAUCGCAUUUCAGCAAACAUCCCUGGCAUCUGUGAGUGCAUUGAGAAUGGAAGAUACAGCAGCAAACCACCAGCGAUCUCAACCUGUAUAUACAGUCACCUCCAGAAUUAUUGGCACACUUGAUAAAGAUGAGCAAAAAAGGAUGUAUAAAAUAAACAACACAGGUAAUGAGCUAUAUUUUAUGCUCAAAUAUAUGGGAAAACCAUAUUUUAUUCUAAUACAAUUGCUCAGAGAAAGUUUUUUAUUAACAAGUAAUAAAACAUUUUCUCAAAAAGAUAGGUGUCAGAAUUAUUGGCACCGCUAAAGAUUCUUAUAAAUAAAA